AUGAAGUACACUGCAAUCCUGCUUGCUCUUGUCGCUACUGUGAUGCUCGUUGAAGCAGCCCCAACCUCGUCUGGCUCGGCUAGCUCGUCCGCAGCCAAGACUGGCUCUGCCAAGUCGAGCGCCAGCGACUCCUCUGCUGAGGCGGCUCCCGUUGCUAAGAGUGCCCAGAGCAACGUUCAGUGCCACAAGGUUAUUGAAGGCCCUGUUAUUCUUGGUAACUACGGCGAUGCCGACCCCCAGAACGUGCACACGCACAGCAGCGCACCUGCAGACAACGGAAAUGCUUGGCAGGAUGGAUCUACCAAGGGUCUAGUCCUUGAAGACUGUGCCUGGAGCGGCAGUAACGCGCUUUCCAGCCAGUGGCUCAAGGGUUCGUGGCAGGACGACUACUUUGCUCUGGCCCCUACUGUCACCAACGGCAAGGGUGUUAGUAAGCCUCAGGCCCAUGUGACUGUCCACACCGACAACCACGGUGCCAUUGCUUUCUCGGGUGGCAAGGCCACGAAGGUUUCGCUGGCUGUCCAGUACCAGUGA